UUAUGCUAAAUUUAAAAACAAAUAUUAUUGUCAACUUCCUCACAAAAUUAUGAAUUGAUUUGUUUAAAUACUAAAUAUGAAUUCUUUUUCCAAUAAAGGUGUGACAUUGAUGAAAAAGAUGGUUUCAUUACAAAAUAAAGAACUUACGCAAGCAAAAAAAAUACUCGUCAGAAAAUAUAUUACAAGGCUUCGGAAUAUAACUUCAUAUAAAUUCAGCAAAGAUAAAUUCCAAAGAGUUGUACAUACAAAACUUUUAAAAAAUGAAUCCAGCGAAAAAGAUUCAAGUGAAUCGAACAAUCCAAACGAAGACAAGCCAGAAACCACAUCUGUAACAAGUAAACUUGUAUCGAAUGCCAAACAGCGACCUCAACCUCAAGGAAAAUAUAAUAGUAAUUAUGUCAAGAAAGGUAUCCAGAUCUUAAUAGCAUCUUUUAGUGUUAGUUUUGCAAAAGAUAAUGGUUUAUCUCUUCUUUGUAACAAUUUGAUAAAACUAAUGGAGUCUAUUAUGGAAGAACUAAGUAAAAUGAAAGUAGAAACUGUAAUGCCAACACAAAUUCGACAGGCUGUUUUAAAUAUAUUUCCGUCGAGUUUGAAAGAGUUAGCAGUUGCUCGAAUUGCUCAAGUUAUGAUGACUAAAGGCAGAAUUGCUAAAAUAGUUCCAGCUAAAUUAAGAGUUCCAAGAAAAAGGAGAGUUGGUGAAAUAAAAACAAAAUCUUUGCCAAGAAAGAAAAAGCUUCUAAAGAAAACUAAGAAGAAACAAAUGCAAAAAGCAAGAAAAGGAACUUCGCGUAAGAAGGCAUCAAAAAAGCCACCGAAAAAGAAAUCUAGGAAACUACCAAGAAAACAAAAGUCAGAAGAUAAAGAUGACGCAUCUAGAAAGGAAGCUUCUUUGAAAAAAAGUUCCUUGCGUAAGCGAAAAGCACCUAAAAUAACAAAGACCAGAAAAUCCGCGAGAAAACAUGAAAAGAAAGACAUUACAAUAAAACCUAAAACCAAAGCUCCGACAACACUUAAAAGAUUGAAGUCUACAACUAAACGCAAAGCAGAAGCAUCGAUAUCACCACGGAAAAAACAGAAAACUGCAACAAGAAUCAAAAUGAAAACUCCUGUAGCAACAAAGGAAAAGCGGAAACCAACAACAAAGCGCAAAGUGAAAUUUAUUUUAAAAGCACCCCGAGAAAGGAAGCCAAUAAAGCUCAAAACCACACCCAAGAAAAAACCUUCGAAAAUCAAACCUGCGAAAAAGUCCCAGAAAGAAAAACCUAAGAAACCUAAGACACUGAAAGAAAAAUCUAAAAAGAAGGUACUUAAAAAAAAACCUCGGAAGAUAUUGAAAGAAAGACCUAAAAAGACACCACUGAAGAAAAAACCUAAGGUGAAGGCGUUGAAAGUCAAACCCGAGUCAAAAACCAUAUCAAAAGAGAAAAAUCAAGUAUCUAAAAAAGAAGAGGAAAGUAUGGCGAAAUUAAAACAAGGUAUUCAACGACUUAACGCAUGUUUCGGAAUUAGGUUCGCAAAAGAUGAUGGUAUAUCGCUUCUGGGAAGUAAAUUGGCUUCUGUAUUGGAACAUUUGGUUGAAGAAGUAAACAAGUUGAAAACAGGCACAGUUACUCCAGCACAAAUCCGUCAGUCAGUGUCAAUUAUUUUUCCAGCUACAUUAAGGGACUUAGCUGCUGCCCGAAUUAAUCAAGUUAUGAUGAUCAGGAGCGCUGGUUUAAGUAGUAAGAAAGAAACAAUUGUUAAAAAGGAAGAACGUGAAUCUGAAGAUUCUAAGACUGAGGAAGAGAGAUUAGUUGAGGAAAAAGAGCCAGUAGUGAAAGUUCCCAAGAAAAAGCCCAAAACUCAGACUUCGCCAAAGAAGAAAAAAAGCUUGAAAGUUGGACAUAAAAAACGUAGACGUUUAUUAAAAAAAGGAGACGAGGCUCCUAAACAGAAAGUUGCUCGGAAAAAAAGAACAAAGUCGAUCACUACACCGAAACGAACCUCUAAAAAACGAAAAAUUAGAUCACCAAAAAAGACAGAAAAGAAAAUGAAAAAACUUAAAGUAAAAACAGAAAAAAAAGUUGUUGGCAAAAAAGUAAAGAGUAUUUCGCGGAAACGGGUUGUACCAAAAGCUAUAGGAAAGAAAAAGCAUGAAACGAAGGGCCUGAUCAAAAAACGCAAGGCUAAACCACCGCUAAAAUCACGAAAAAUACCGAAGCUUACUCAGAAAAAGAAACCGUUGAGAGAAAUAGUUACAAGUAAGCAAAUAAAAGUUAAGCCUAAACCAAAAUCCAAACCAAGCAAACGCGAACGAGUAGAAAGUAAAGACAAAUCACCUAUUAAAGAAGUUGUUAAGCAUAAAAAACGUAAAGCAGUAACAUCAGCAAAACCACAUAAAAAACCGAAAUUACCACCUAAGAAAAAAACUGCAAAGGAAAAACCUAAAAGAAAAGCAUUGAAAGCUAAACCAAAAAGAGAAAAGAAAAUCAAGCCCAAAUCAAAACGAUUAGCUAAAGGCAAGAAAGAAGUAUCCAAAACCGAAGAUCAUAUAAACGAUUUCGAACAAGGUGUUGAGAGUCUUAGUGAUUGCUUUGGUAUCUUUUUCGCCAAGGAUAAUAGCACAUCCUUGCUGAGUGAAAGCUUAGCUACUGUUUUGGCGCGUAUUAUUGAUGAAGUUAAUACUUUAAAAACAGAUACUGUCAGGCCGACUGAAGUUCGCCAAGCUGUCAAAAAUAUAUUCCCCGCUCCUUUAAAAGAGUUAGCUGUUGCACGUAUAAGCCAAGUAAUAAUGGUUGUUAGUUAA